CCCUCCUCUAUAAACCCCCAUCUUUCACCUCAACCUUUCAACAUCUACCUUCAAACUUUCGUCCCCUUUAACCUUCACAACUUAUUGAGACUUACAAGCUUGGUUGGCUAGUACUUAUGCGCUCUAUUACGUUUGCUAGCUAUCUUCAUUUACAUUUCCUUGAAAUACAUCCUAUCAAUACGUGCUUCACUUUUAAUUAAGAAAGCCCUAUUAGAUUUCCUAGACUUCUUCCUUUCUCAUAGGCCUAGAACUUGACUCUACCUUCUUUGAGUCGCAUAUGUUCAAUUCCGCCUUUCUACUAGGGACACUUUGCUUUUGAAGAAGAACUUUACUACAAACUACAUACAAAUUGCAAGUGUCCUCAAGAUAUACCUUCUCCUGAAUCCCUCUUUUUGUUAUCCUCCUCCUCAAGCACUAGCCUUUCUUCCAAGCCUCUGACCUAGAGCCCAUUUAAUAUUCCUUUCUUAGACCCCUCUCAACAUCAUCAUCAAUACCUUCACACUACACCUUUAAGUCAACUUUCAAAAGGUCAAAGUUUAAUACUAAUAACCUUCAUAGGCUGUGUUCAACAAAGCCCAUAGCAUUUAUGUGCAUGGCUUUAACUACUCUCACUACACUUGCUUAAUAUUUCAAGUAUCUUUUAUUGAUCAACUCUUGAGCUUUUUGCAUUGCAUAGAUUGAAAUUAGAAUACUUGUAAGUCAUCACGAAAAUUUGCUUGUUCUUCAGCUUGAUCCCGCUUCUUCACGUACACUUACUCUUCCUCAUUUACACUGUUCUUUUCAGGAGAUUCAUCAUUUAUCAUAACUCCCACUCAUUUUAUUCCCUGCCUACUAUUACCUAGUCAAGUACAUGGUAUUCUAACAUUCUAUAGCAUUCAAGAUAUCAUUAAUCAUGGGGAAGAAAGUCAAAUACAAGGCCAAGAAGACCAAUCAGGCUCAAGAUAAUGGCGGAAAAUUACAGGUUGCAUGUGGUGUAUCUGGCUCAAAGAAAGGAUCAAUCUGGAAGCAACCGGCGAAGGUGUUUGUUGCUGCAACUCCAAAUGAGACAAGUUCAUGGGUUUGGCCUUCGCUACCUACUGUCAGCACAGAUACUCAGCCACUUCAGGAAUCACAAACUGGUGGUAGCUCCGCAAAGACUGCCUGUGAUACUACAAAUAUUAAUAGUAGUUCUGCCAAAUCUGUUAAUAUUCGCACAACUCCGACUAAACUUGCUUCUAAUCCAGAUCUGGUUCCCAAUCCUGAACCAUUUGUUUUAAAGUAUUACACCAACAAAUCUGUAUCUAUCAAUGGAUCCCCUUGGGAAAAUCCACCUCUUCCUUCCAAAGAUAGUACUAUCAAAUAUGAUACCUCUGAACUGGAUCUUGGAUCUUGGUUUGUUAUACCUGAGAACGCAAAAUGGUCUUCUCUUCCCAUAUGGGCCACUGACUCUACACUCCAACCAAGUCUUCCAUGGUGCACCAAAAAAAGUGCGAUGGUUGUGCUCACUCCACCAGUUCGCUCAAGUCCAUGGACUGAAGUGUUAGCCACUGCCACGUCUCCAACAUCUUCUAAACAAGGAAACCCUAAUGGUGUUGUUGGAAACCUUGGCUGGGUUGUCGAACCAGAGGUCGCGAUAGAGAAAGACACUAAUGAGCCAGAUCCUUGGGCAAAUACAACGGAAGAGACUUCCACAGAGCCAAAGGAGAAAUUUCCCACCUUGCUCAACUGGCCUUUCACAGGUGAAAAAGAUCGAUUUAAUAAGUUGGUUUCAUUGGUAUUAUAUUUCAUCUAAUCCACGAGGAACUCUGAUCUAACUGCUUCAUCUAGGGAUCAUUUGUUUUUAAUUACAAGAAUAAUAUCUUCAAACAACCAAAAAAUUAUCAAAAUCAAAGCGCAUUGAUCAGAUUACUUCAAAUGGAGGGUCCCAAUGAUAUACUUCUCAAAUUAAUAUGGCAAAACCAUAGCACUGCUUCUGCUUUAUGUCGAACUAGUCAGAGAUCUUGGGAUGUGUUAAUGGGUAUCACUGUAAGUUCUCUCUUAUCAAUCAAUAUAACCACUGAUUUUUCUAGGGUAUUUGGGAUAUCUCUGGAGGUAAUUUCGAAAAUUGUGAAAUACCAAGGGAGGAAAAUAACUUUGAGGCUACUGCUGCUUCAGUUGUGAUUGUCACCCCUACCAGAGAUGGGGAGCCUAUCAAGUACAUUAAGCAAAUCAAAAACCUGAACAAGAUGUGUAAGUCUUAUUCUUCUUGACCACUCUGUCCAAUCGGAUCACUAAUCAAAUUUACUUUCUAUCAGGCAUCGCCAUGCAUAACUUUAGUGAAUUCCUACAGAAUAUUCAAUUUCAUCAUGUUCCUUUCCUCAGCACUCAUAUCCUCGCAUUAGUUAUCCCUAAAAUGCGCAAACUCAGUGUUCUCGGAGUCUACAGCUGUGAAUUGAUUCAUCUUGGAGAUGGUCAAGAGCUUCUCGACAUCAUUCGACGUGAUCGCCUUCGAAGUUGCGAACAUCAAGUCUCUUUAGACUUUUAUCCCGCGUAUCAUGCUGGUCCCUACUCAACACAUCAAGCUGGUGACAAAAAAGGUGAACAAAGAUUAGGGGAACAAUAUUCAUAUGGUGUUACUUGGGAUGAUCCUGGUAUGGUAGUUGCUGAUAUUCGAAUCGCAAUUUGGCAAGAAGUUCAUGGUCUUCUUCUUCAGGCGAGAAUACAGGGUAUCGAUUUUGAAUCUAAGCAUACGAUGUUUAGACAAUGGUUGGAUAAAUCACCUUGUUUGGCUGUGGAGAAAACUUUAAAGGUUCUCAUGGAUCCAAAUGCUGGGAUUGAUCAAAUUAUUGUCCAUGUUGCAUACAGAGAAUUCCGUGGAGAUGUUCAGAAAUUUCGAAAAUCUGUACCUGGCAAAGUCGCCAACAAACCUGAGGGCUCUCAAUGGUAUAUUACCACUUCUCUUUCCUCAAUACCUUUCCUCCCCAUAUACGAUCAAACUAACAUCACAUCUUUAGGAUGGUAGAAGGCUUCAGAUGCCGAAGUUGUGAACAACUGCUUCCUGGAAUUUGGUUUUCGUACCAAAUGAUUCGUAACUUCAAAUUAAACGACCAAGAUGAACCCAAGUGUCAAGCCUGCAAACUAUUCGACUAUCUGAAAAUGGAAGGUGAUCACUACAAACAGGAAAAACGCACCGUCAUCAAAGCAUGGUGUUGGGAUCGCGCACUUACCGUACCGAAUUCUCAAAUCAUCGGAGACUGGAACACUGAUAACCUUCUCAAAUUUCUUCGUGUCUUCAAGUGUGAACGUCAAGGUUCUCAUGUCAGAAAACUAGCAAGACUACUGGAUAAGAAGAGACGCUAUGAUGAAAGUUUUCAAAUCUUUCAUGAAACUGAUGAGGUACAGAGGCCGGUUAAUCAUCAGGCACUGGGUAGGAGGGGUGCAUAUGGUAUCAGGGCUGCUACUGUGCAAGAUAAAGAAGCAUUUGAGAGUGGAAGAGUACACAAUGAAUGGGAUUGCUUCAGAGAGGAUCGCAUUAAUGCUCAUGGUCAACCUGCUACCUUUAGAGGUUGGUAGAUUUGCUGGUUUGGUGUGGCUGGUCGGUAUUUACAUUGCUUGAUCUUUACUCUUUUUCCUGAUCUUGCCGGAUGAUACAUUCUGCGCAUACGAAACUACAUACACCACUGAAAAUUACCAGACUGUUAUCACCUUCCAGAUUUUCAGCAGCUGUUCUCUCGGUAGACAAAACACUUCUCAGCUCCAACAACACACACACAGAAUAUUCACAGGGAAGGCAUAAACAAAUUUGACAUUUCGCAACUCAACUAACACCUGCCUCCUCACAGACACAUUACCUAUUUAUUUGGUUAAGCAAUCACUUGAUAUAUUUCAAAUCAACCUCAUCACAACUAUCUUCUACUCACGAAAAACAUAUGCAUCUACGACACGAAUGAAUGACCUUCCAACUCUCUGGAUCACAACCAACCUAUCUUUUAUUCACAAAAACACGAAAACACAAAAACACGAAUGAAUUUCCUACUCUCCGAUUAUCUAUUUAUUCAUUUAGUCACACAUCUUUAAAAAAGAAUGAAGAAUGCACGAACUUCCUAGCAUACAGGCGCAUAUAAGAAUUCGAGCUUGCAGAUCGAUAUCAAGUUAAUAUCAUUAGCAUUACUUUACUUUACUCAUUCUACUACCUAUU